AUGCUAGCAAAUGGUGGAGCAGCUGACCAGUACGACGAGUACCUACGGAUUGCGGAGUCUACUUCGUUGGAUUGCAUGGGCCGCUUCUGUGCGGUGGUCAUCCUACGCUUCGACACGGAAAUUGUCCAGUGGCAUGGCACGAAGCAUACACUCGAGUUGAUCAGGGGGAGCCGAUCGACUAUAAUCCUUGAAGCUGUCGCCUCCCAAGAUUUAUGGAUCUGGCACGCAUUCUUUGGGACUCCUGGUGCAAACAACGACAUCAACGUGCUUAACUCUUCGACGUUGUUUCACGAUCAACUCGAAGGAAGGGCUCCACCGGUCACGUUUCAAGUCAACAAUUCUUUCUAUCAGAAGGGAUACUACUUGACUAACGGUAUCUACCCCAAUUGGCCUAUGUUCGUGAAGAGUCCUACACAUCAUAUAGACGAGAAAAGCAAGAGAUUCAAGGUGAUGCAGGAAGCUGCUCGCAAGGAUAUUGAACGAGCAUUCGGUGUUCUUCAAGCUCAGUGGGCUAUCAUCAAAGGACCAGUGUGUCUUUGGAGCAAGGCGGAGUUCAGCGACAUCAUGUUCACGUGCAUAAUUUUGCACAAUAUGAUCGUCCAAGACGAAGGUGACCAUGCUAUAAAAUGGGCAGACGAGAGCAAUGAUGAAGCUUCGAGUAGCUCUGCCGCAGCUCGUCCACACAGAGGGGCUCCGCCGGAGUUUCGCCAAUAUGUCGCACGCGAAGCAUCCAUACGAGACGCGGAAAUGCAUGCUCGCCUCACUUUAGACUUGAAGGAGCACAUUUGGUCUCGAUUUGGUCCGGUUGACCACUAG